UUCCUCCCUCCAUGCUAGCUAAUGAGAUGGUGACUUAUAUGAAGAACGUGGCGGGUAUGAACGUGGAGCUCACAGUGGAAGAGAGGAACCUACUAUCAGUGGCCUACAAGAAUGUGAUCGGAGCUCGGAGAGCCUCCUGGAGAAUAAUCAGCAGUAUCGAAUCCAGGGAAGAGAGCAAGUGCGGAGAAGACAAACUGAAGAUGAUCCGGGAUUACAGGCAAACGGUGGAAAAGGAGCUGAAGGCGAUCUGUAAUGAUAUUCUGGAUGCACUGGAGAGGCACCUACUCCCCUCUGCUGCCAUGGGAGAGUCUAAGGUCUUUUACAACAAAAUGAAGGGAGACUACCACAGGUAUCUGGCAGAGUUUGCCACUGGCAAUGACAGAAAGGAGGCGGCAGAGAACAGCCUGGUGGCCUACAAAACAGCUACCGACCUAGCCAUGUCCGAGCUGCCUCCCACACACCCCAUUCGCCUCGGCCUUGCCCUCAACUUUUCCGUCUUCUACUAUGAGAUCCUCAACUCGCCCGACCGUGCAUGCAGGUUGGCGAAGGCUGCAUUUGAUGACGCCAUCGCAGAAUUGGACACACUGAGUGAAGACAGCUACAAGGACUCCACGCUUAUCAUGCAGUUGUUACGUGACAACCUGACACUAUGGACUUCAGAUAUGCAGGGAGAAGAGUCCUAAAGGAAACAAACCAGACUGUUCAUUUCCCAUGUUAACUGUACUUUGUGAAGAACAGAAUAAAGAGGUACUGCAAGACGUAGAGGACGAGGCCCAGUGAGACUAUGCCACCAACAGCCAACAACUUGAGACCCUCCCCUCACCACCUCACACUCCUCAUCCCUCCUACUUCAUCUCCCCCCUCUCAAACUCACCUUCCUCCUCUCCUUCCUUCCCCCUUUUUCCUUUCUUCCACCUCUGCAGUUCCGUGGCCCAACAGAGCCAUGUAGUUAAACAGGUUUAUUUUUCUCUUCUUUUUUAUUUUUAUAUUAGCCCUUACAUCAUUCAAGUAAAUACCACUUAAUUGAGACAGGAAAUACAAUGUUAGACAGACAAAGAUAAUGAGAAUCCCUUUUUUUUUUUGUCCUGGUACAAGCAGUUCUGAGAUGUUAUCUUUGUUUUCAUUAUUGUAUUUUUGUUUGUUUUUUUGCUUUUUCCUCAAUAUUUUUAUCAGUUGCUGGAUGUAUUGAGAUUUUUUUCUUAAUGUAAUUACAGAAAUUAACUUUUAUUACUGAUAAUGUUGACUAUUAGUUAUGGGAGCUAUUUUAUCUCUGUUUUUAGUGAAAUGUCGAAUGCGAAUCAUCAUCUUUUUUAUGGGCAAUUUGAAAACUACAAGUGCCCUUUUUGUUAACUUAGGUUUUCAGUGGAAGUUGGCAAAAUUCGCGAUAUCCAUGUGGGGCAAAGAAGUGCUGAACUUUUACACCAUAGUGAUUCUGUCAUCAUGUUUUUGUAGUUGUCCUUGGACUGUACCUUGUGCUGAAAUACUGUAACUGUGCAAACAUGCUGAAUCUCUGAUGGUCGACUUGCGGCUAGCUGGUGGUUUUAAUUUUGAAAACUUGGGAGAUUUCUCACUUGUGUAAAAGGCAAGUCUCAAUUUUGCCCCGCUCCUCGACAGAGAGCUCUAAAAUCAAGGUAGUCAGCGCUUGCAUGCGUUAACACAUCUCUGCUGCUUCUCCCCUACUCUUCACUAAAGCUCCUCUUGGUCCAGAGGUUUGUUUUUUUUUUUUCUUUUGUUGUUUCUCUUCUUGUUUUGCUUCAUUAUGUGUAACUUGGAGCUGAUUUGUACUACUGGAUAUCUGACUGGAGCCACAGACAGGGAAUCUGUAUUGUUCUUACUUAAACACAGCAUGGAAUUAACAUUAAACAAUCUAAAUUAAACAUUACAAACUGA